CAUACUCAACCAAAAUCACCAUUUAAUACCUACCUACGAAGAUGUUUAAUCUCUUCGGCGGAAAAGAUCCUUUCGAUGAUCCCUUUUUCACUCAUCCAUUUGGUGGCGCCGCCCAUGAGAAGAACUCCGGCCGUCAAUCCUCCAAGGAACUAACCAUUGAAGAAUUGGACUCCGACGGAAACCCUCUUAAAUCUGACAUCAUCCAUCCCAACAAAGAACAACUCUCCUACAACAACAACCCAAAUCUUAACGGAAGAACAGAGAAGAGAAGUUUCAGUUAUCAGAGAGUUUCAUAUGGUGGUCUAAAUGGGACGUAUUAUACUUCUUCAGUCACUAAGAAAUCCGGAGGGGAUGGGGUUGUUUUCAUGGAGGUUAAUGAAGAUGAUAAAACUAUUGGUGAAGCAUUACACACUGUCUCAAGAGGAAUCAAUGAUAAGGGUCACUCAGUUACAACAAAACGAAACUCAGAUGGUAAAAAAGAUACUUUGCAGACUCUACACAACAUAAACCAAGAUGAGCUUGAUAUGUUUGAACAAAAAUGGAAAGAUAAUGCUGGGUAUCUUCCGGAUCUGAAUAGUGAAUUAUACAGAUCUCUUGAAAAUGCAGAACCAAUUUUCAGAGGUGGAUGGGCACUUCCUCCCACUGAAGGACAUAAGAAAAAUGAUGAUGGGGGAAAUUCUUCAACUAAGAAGGUUACUCGUAUCAAUGUAGAAUAGAUUAGAAGUUUGGUGUUCAUCCAAACAAGACUGUAGUGGUCAAUAAAUUACUGGAUUUUUGUGUGUGUCAAAUUAUGUGUGACAAAAUAACUCUUAUUGUGUUAUCAUAUAUGCAUAAUCUAAU